AUGUAUUUUUCUAAGCUACUAAGCGCAGUCGCACUCUGCAGCAGUGCUUCUGCACUGUAUGUGCCUGGAGAUGCUGAUGUUAACGUGCAAAAUAAGGACCAAACGCCAACGGCUUUGCCGGAGGAACCAUUGAACGGUACCGCAUAUCGGCCCAUUAUGCAUGCAACUCCUAGCCAGGGUUGGAUGAACGACCCCAAUGGUCUUUGGUAUGACACUAAGGAGGAAGUGUACCACGUUUACUACCAGUACAACCCUGCUGACACUGUCUGGGGUGUGCCACUCUACUGGGGCCACUUGACAUCCAAGGACUUACAAUCUUGGGAGGACCACGGUGUUGCGAUUCGCCCCCCACGCAACGACUCUGGCGCUUUCUCUGGCUCUGCUGUUGUCGAUACCAAUAACACCUCCGGUUUUUUCAACGACUCCAUUGACCCUGCUCAGAGAGUUGUCGCUAUUUGGACCUACAACACGCCUGAAUCCGAGACCCAAUGGAUUUCUUACUCUCUAGAUGGUGGCUACACGUUCAUUGAUUACGCGAAUAACCCUGUCCUUGACUUGAACUCUACUCAGUUCAGAGAUCCAAAGGUGAUCUGGCACGAGGAAAGCCAAAAGUGGAUCAUGACCGUUGUCCUAUCUCACAAGUACGCUAUCCAAAUCUACUCCUCUGACAACCUGAGGGAAUGGACCUUGGAAUCGGAGUUCAAGAACCACGGUCUGCUUGGCUUCCAGUACGAGUGUCCUGGCCUUGCCAAGAUUCCAGUUUCCAAGCCGGCCAAUUGCGAAAUGCAGUUGAAAGACGUCUCCUACCCAGUCAAGAACAACACGGACUACGUGUGGGUGAUGUUCUUGGCCAUCAACCCAGGUGGACCACAGGGUGGCAACUUCAACCAGUACUUCAUUGGCGACUUCGACGGCAAGAAAUUUACUCCGUUCAGUGAGCAGACUCGCUUCCUGGACCACGGAAAGGACUUCUACGCGUUCCAGGGAUUCUACAACAGUCAAUUCAAGGACAGCUUCCUCGGAAUUGCCUGGGCUUCAAACUGGCAGUAUUCAGCAUACGUGCCAACCAACCCAUGGAGAUCCUCGAUGUCUUUGGCAAGAAAGCUAACUGUCAGGCCCUACAACCCCACUCCGGAAAGUGUCCAGCUUGUUCUGAACUCGGAGCCUGUUUUCGUUCCUGAGGAUAUGGAGUUUAACUCCAACUUCUCGAGCUGGAAAGAUCUGAAAUUGACUUCCGGAAAGGAGGAGGUUUUCGAGUUUGGAUCUACGCCUCUCGGUGCCUUCGAGUUCAACCUGACCUUCACGGCAAACGACACCGGCUUGUCUAAGCACUCCCUAGGCGACUUCAGCAUCUACCUAGAGGGGGCAAAAGACCCCGACGAAUACUUGAGGCUUGGCUACAGCACACAGGCCGCCGACUUCUUCUUCGACCGCGGCAACUCCAAGGUCUCCUUCGUGCGCGAGAACCCGUUCUUCACGAACAAGAUGGCCAUCAACAUGGAGCCUUGGGAGAUCCUGGCUCCAGGCGUCAAGGUCUUCAAGGUCCGCGCCAUUUUCGACGUGGACAUCCUCGAGCUGUUCUUCAACGAGGGUACCGCGGCAAGCACCAACACGUACUUCCUGACGGAGGAGAACCACCCCGCUUCCCUGAAGUUCAAGACUUCCGUCGACAACGUGUUCACCGUCAACGAGCUAAGUCUGCGCCAGCUGACUUUUUAA